AUGGAAGCCGGCGGCCGGGGUCUCCGUCAAGCUCUCACAGAGACACAGGCAAAAACGCAGACGGCAUACCUCUCGAUGCGCGAUCCCGGCAGUCAUAACGAGCUUCGUUUGGCGCUCAGACUUAUAAGUGGCACUCUCCAUAGCCUUUUACUGCUGUUCGACGACUUUGCAGACGGGGAGCACAACACAGCAUCAACACGUCCCGAUCACACCCUCAUCGACUCGUUGGGCGACAUGCUCGACGACCUGACCCAGGCUUGGUCGAGUGACUUUGUAGCACCGGGGAGAGGAACCGAGAUACUGUCACCACCCGAAUUCGCGUCCCAGAUCCGCCAGUUUCACGCACAACUUAGCCCAGCAAUUCACGCCAAUUCUUGGGCAACCCUGCUCGUCUUUCUGUCUACGACCGGGCCUCGUAAACCAUCGCGGAAGCGAGAAACCGAUGAGUUGAACGAUCUGACUUGUGAGGCUUCAGAAACGUCUCCUGAAAAGUGUCUGAAUCUGUUGUUGAGUCCCGAGUUCGAUCGCAAACUGGACAGCUGCUACUCUCACAGGGUUUACGCCGCAGAGAGAGACGCCACGCACCCCGAGUACGUUGUUUGCGCGAAGCUUCUACCCAAAAUAGCCCACUCUUAUCACUGCUCCAUCGAGAACGAGCUCAGGCUGCUUUUCCACCCGAGAAAGUCGGCCAACUUUCUGCAGUGGCUCCUCGAGUAUGCUCGACAAGAAUGGCCAGGCCACUUCAAACCCGCGUCAGGUGCUCUGUCCAUGUCACCUCUUCGUCGGUUGAUGACAGCAGCCUCGGAUGCGUCCGUCAGCACUCUCCACAUCGCCUCUGCCCUCGGUCUGCAUCACGUAUGCAAGGCCCUGAUACACUUGGAGAAGCAGGACGUGAACCAACAAAGUCUCAUGGGAACGCCUCUGUAUUGCGCUUUGCUCGGCCCCACUGCACUUUUCGCUCGUUACGAUGAUCCGGCUCAGCUGGUAGCUGACCGGCGUCCGACCAGCGGUCAGGAGCCGACCCUGCAUGUUCUUCUGGAUGCGGGCGCUACGGGCACGUCGGUCUGGGCUGGGUCUCAACAGGAUAAAGUGUUGUCGCUGGCAACCGUGGCAUUUUUUACGUGUCAGUCGAUAGACGCUCCAGACGCCCUGGUGCGCAUUCUUCGAGCUGGAUUCAGCCGCGACGAUCGGUUCCUUCAGCUGUUCCAUGGGAAGAACUCGAUCCUACAGUACUGGCCGUCACCGCUGCCUCCGCUGACUCGCUCGUUCCUAGCCUCUGUCCUCCCCGAGAUUCUCGACAGUGCAGCUAUGCAGUACAACGGCGACGAUGAGACAUCGUUACUGAUGGCUGGCAUCUAUGACAUCCUCGAACAUCAUGGCCUAGCUGAUUCCUGUUCGGGUCGAGGGUCACGCCCUCUCAGCGUAUCGGACAAGGUGUACGCAGACCUAGUCCAAGAAGCCGUCCAGGACCACAAGGCUGCAGUCGUCAGAAGACUCAUCCUUGACCCUCGGUGGAAUCCCAACCAAUCAAUACCAUCAUGCCUCGACUCGGAGGAGCCGUUCCAAAAAUCCUCUACCAUACUUCACGACGCGGUCGAGUCUUGCGACGCAGACACGGCUUCCCUCAUUCUGCAGUCGGGAGAUGACGUCGAUGUUCACGUGCGUGACGAGUGUCAAAGGACGCCUCUGAUGCUGUCCGAGACACCUGACGUCCUCAGACUCCUCCUCAGCCAUGGAGCGAGAACGACAGACACGGACGAAGAUGGCCGCAACGUCUGGCACAUCGCAGCGGCAAACUCGGACAUUGGCAUGAUUGAUGCUCUCCACGCCUUUGAUGAGCACACGGACUGGAACUUGAGGGCAUUGAUGAAAAAUGGCCAAACCCCUAUUGCUCAGUCCAUCAUCUACCCACUGAGCAGGACGAAAAGAUUGGGCAUCUCUAAGCGUAAAGCUGCUGCCGGGGCGCUUCAUAUGCUCGAGGUCUGCGAACCAAACGCCGCUUACCUCCAGAGUCCAACUCCCCUCCUCUUCCUCGCCGUCGAGUGGGGCUCUUGCGAGUUGGUCCGCAAACUGAUUGAUUUCGGCGCCGACCCAUUCGAGAUGGGCGAUGACGGCCGGAACGCCCUACAUUAUCUCGAGGUCAAUGCUGGAGAGGAUCUUGUUGAGACGCUCUUGGACUUGCACGUCGAGCCUGUGUUGACAAAGGACGGGCAGUCACCGGCGGAAACCAUCUUCACGGCCUUCAACGAGUCGCUAUUUUGGGACCCAGAUCCAGAUAGACCAAUCAGGCGCCCCGUCAACCACCGACCGCUCGAUUUUGGCGCAUAUAACCGUCUAUUUACCGAUGAGGUGCUUGGCUCUCGCAACAGCGAAGGCUCCGGGCUCUGGGAGCGCUUCGCUACCGGCGUCCUGGGUACAUGGGCUUCUAAGUGGCCGCCAGGCUCCAAUGUCUGGGAGUCUUUGCAAACUGCCGUGGAUUGUUUGGUCGAGAAGGCAAUCCCAGUCAGAUAUGAAGAGGAGACGGGCAAAUGUGCCCUGGUUCCGAUUCUCUCGGCCUGGAUGGAUUACGCUACAACUCACGACAAGUGGCCCGUACGGUUGGGGGAGAUGCUCUGUUCAAUCCUGCGGGUGUCGACCAAGGUCGAGAGCUUCCAACAAUCGCCGGCUGCAGUACAGUGUCUCAAGCUGGCCGUUGAACAGGAGCAUAGAGACGUCGUUGUGAUGCUGCUCGACCUGGGUGUCUCAGUACACGCACGACAUGAGUCCGUCUCGGCUCUCGAGUCGGCAUGCUUGCCGGAAUCAACUUGUCCGCCAGCCAUUUUUGACAAGCUUCUCGAGCAUGCAGACCCGAGCAAGCUGAACGAUGUCGACGGUUUCAGGUCCCACUUUCUCUUCCGACUCCUCGACGAUGGGGUCUCGCAUCGCACGCAUAAGCUGUCGGCCUUGGUGGACAAAGGAUGCGACCCCAACGUGCUCACUCCCGCCGGGGCGCCCAUGGUCAUGGCUUACAUAAAGAACCGCGAGACCAACGCCGCCAUCAUCUUGCUCGAAAAGGGUGCGAAUCCGGCAUUGUCCUUGCCGAGUGGAUUGGAUGCAGCGCUGGCAGCCGCCUCGCGUGGCGACUUGAUCGUUCUGGAGAAGAUCAGGUCCAUCAGUAGCACUGAUGGCCAUCCCUGGGGUAAAUGUUGCACAUACGACUUCUCUCGAGUCGUUGGUCCGAAAGUCGUCCCAGAAAUGGCAAGGCAAUGGCGCUGCAACGCACUCCAUCUUGCAGCUGCCCACGGUCAUGCGGACGUGCUUCAGUUCUAUCUCGGAUUUCCAGACCUCGAUGUGGAAUCCCAAACGGCCGAUGGCUGGCGGCCGCUUCACUUUGCCGCCGCCUGCGCCGUCGACGACGGAUCGUGCGUUCGGCUUCUUCUGGAGCACGGCGCAGACCCAACGGCGACGUUGCCAUUCCCGAUGAACCAGAACCCCCUGAGUCUCGCAUCCCUCUCAGGUGCCACUGAAGCUGUACAACUGCUCCUCGAUGUCGGUCCGAAAAAUUUCAGCCGGAUGAACAUUCCAGCUGCCUUUGUGGAAGCUUUCCGAAGCGGCGAGCCGAAUCUGAUGGAGCAGUUUCUACCCUUGAUGCAUAAAGUAAUCAUGGCAUCAGCUGGGAACACCGGCCAAACCAGUGUCCUGGGCGCCGUGCUGGAGUUGUGCAUCCAAAAUGGCUAUGAGCAGUUGGCGGCUCAAGCCAUGACGAUGGUCCGACCCGAGAUCAUGAACUCGAUCAGGAUGCGCUGUGGACGAUGCUCGCCUCUCGUCCUUGCGGCGGCUCAGGGCCGGUUCACUCUCGGCGAAAUAUUUCUCGACCAUGGCAUGACCGCCUGGAAUCUCGUCGAUCGGUGCUCGCAUCUUUCCGUCAUAUCCCAGCGCCUGCACUAUCCUUGUACCGCUCUGCAUAUAGCGCUCAUGCGGCCGAGCCAUCUCCCAAGCACGGGCACGGAGGAAAGGUUUGUCAGACGACUCCUCGGUGUGAUGGACUGGACGCGCCACGAGCUUAGUCCCUUUCACUAUGCCGCCGCCAGCGGCGUGCCAGACAGGGUCCGUAUGGUUGUCGACUGGAUCAAACGGUCCCCCGAGCAUCAUCCGAGACUUCUCCACGGUGUGCAACCGUUUUCUGCGAACGAGGAUGCGGAAUCAGGCGAUCAGGAUCCUUCAUGGGAGUUCUCUGGAAAGGGUGCAGUCGACGCCAUCAUCAAACAUCACGUCAACAAACGCGUUGCCUCGCCCGAUCUACAGCCCAUGUUCCGCCUCGGCAUGACCCCACUGCUGGUUGCAGCGGAGGAGACGAAUAUCGAGGGGAUUCCCAGCUUCGAGAUGAUGGAGGUCCUCCUGGACCACGGCGCAGAAGUCAACGUGUCCGACUUGGAGAACUCAGACACGCCACUUCACGGGGCCGCGAUGGUCAACCGCAUAGACAGCGCCAGGCGUCUUCUGGAGCACGGGGCGGACCCCAACCUCUGCAACUUGAAUUCUUUUACCCCGCUGACCGUGGCCGUCCGGCGAGGCCACUUGGAGAUGGCGCAGCUGCUGGUAGAGCGUGGCGCCGACGUCCACGCCCGCGACAUCGACGGCAUGAGUCUACUUAACGCCUGCGCCGACGCCUCGGAUCACCCCGAAAUGUUCAUCUGGCUCAUGAGCCUCGGCCUUGACCCUUGCAAGCCCGACGGGACCGGUUAUACGCCGCUCCACAAAGUGAUACUGAACAACGCGUUUCCGGGCCUGGUCUUCAACCACGGGCUCGACUUUUCCAGGGUCAGGGACGUACGCAAGGGGUUCCUGUCGCUCGUUAUCAAAUCGCAUCACCGAAGAGCCGACGGUACGCUGCGGAGGCUGUUCAAGCGGCUGCCGCGGGAAAAUGCGCUGGAGCUGGCGAACUCGACUCCAGGAGCGUUUUUCAGCCCGCUCUGCGUCGCCGUGGUUAGGAAUAGGCUGGAUUGCGUGUCUACGCUGCUUCGGCACGGGGCGGAUAUCGACGCCGAGGGUUCAGCAGAGGGCUCGGCGCUCAUGGUUGCUUGUACCAGGCACAAGCUGAAGGCCGUGAAGUUACUUGUGCGGAGUGGCGCCAGCAUCUCGUACCAAGCCAUGGUUGACGGGGUGCCUGUCUUCAGGAGUGCCCUGGAGUCUGCGAGGCCGUAUCCGCGCGUCGUGCGCUGGCUCCUCGUGGAUCGACACGCUCGUCUGAGGAGUAUUGAGAGUGUUUCGGAGGAUGUGGGAGAAGCAGAGGUGAAGCCGUGGAGCGGAGGACGGGUUGCGGGAUAUGAGCUCUCGGGCGUUGGCAUCAACACUGGGCGGAGGGUUGGGGAGACUGGGCUAGAGUAUCUGAGGCGUCUGGAUCGGAUUCGGUGGAGUUUGAGGGGGCAGACGAUUCAGGUGGUGGCAUUGCGCUGA